AUGGCGACCUCCAGCUUAUAUCCGCGUGCGUCCGGGGAGGUUCUGACAUGUCUUGGAGACGUAAACGAAACACACGACGUCAGAAAGAUGCUCUGUCGUCCUACAGUAACACAACGCACUUCGCUACCAUCAUGCAUCAAAAGCUCAUCUACACACAACGAAAGAACACUAAAUCUUGCUCUUGAUGACGAUGCCGCGAGAAACCAGGAAAAACCUAGAAGACGAGUGCUUUACGGUGUUUUACGAACCCUUACCAUAAAACAGGCGAAAAGAAUAUCACAAUAA